AUGGCUCUCUUCCCACGCAUUCCAUCCUCAUUCGGACCUUACCGCUCGGAGAUGGGCCCUUUCUUCAAUCUCUUCAACGACACCUUCUCCGAGCUCCAGAAGCUGUCCGACACCGCAUCUCGCACCUUUGCGCCGAAGUUCGACGUAAAGGAGGCCAAGGACAGCUACAUCCUGGAAGGUGAACUGCCUGGCAUUCAACAAAAGGACGUCGUGAUUGAGUUUGCCGACGAACAAACCAUCACGGUCAAGGGCCGGACAGAACACACCAGGGAGGAAGGCUCGAAACCUACCCCUGCCACCGAAGUCGACGCCAACGGCAAAGACGAAAACGCCCAAGGCUCCUACAGCACCGAAGUCACCACCACUGGAUCCAAGGAGGUCGGCAAGCAUAACCCACAGCACACCUACUGGGUCUCCGAGCGCAGUGUCGGUGAAUUCGCUCGCAGCUUCUCCUUCCCCAUCCCGGUCGACCAAGACAACGUCAAGGCCAGCAUGAAGAACGGCAUUCUGUCUAUUGUGGUGCCCAAGCUGCAGAAGGCCAAGUCUCAGAGGAGGAUCCAAAUCAGCGCCGAGUAA